AUGAAUACCAGUUGUUUGUGCAUCAUGAUUAUUUUAUUGUUGUUUGUGUUGAUAAAUUUUGCAGUUGGUACUAGUGUUGAUGAGCGUGAAUUAGAUUCAUCAAAUUAUCAAUAUGCAAGAGAAGUGGACAAUGAACUUCAGCUUGCAAGAAUACUAAUGCUUCCUCAACGUAUUUGUCACACAAAACGUAAUUCAGAAUUGAUUAAUUCAAUUUUAGGAUUACCAAAAAAUAUGAAUAAUGCUGGAAAAUAAAUUAACGAAAAGGAAAUAAUAUUUUAAAAAUUAGUCAAUGGAAUUCUAGUCUUGCUUGAUUGUUAUCUAAACAAUGUAAUGAUCAUGAUAAAAUUUGAUUAAAAUAAAAUCAUAAUUGACUGUUGAGCUUUA